AUCAAAAUAUAUGAUGAAACACAUACACUGACAUUGUUAGAGCCAUGAUAGUCGAAUUGUUAUGAAAUCAUUUUAAGGCUAAACCGUGAGAAGGAACAAAGCUGGAACGUGUGCAGAGUGAGACGUAGUUUCAUUCUGCCUAUCUCUGCACUUCCUGUAGCGGCAGCCAUGGAAGCUAAUCACAGUUCGAAGGUCUUCUCCUGACUGCGUGCGGCGUUUUGUAGGAGGCAGAUAUGACCCGCCACCGUCUAUAAACCCUCCACGAUGAAAGAGUGGUGGAUACACGUCUCUUUGAUCUGCAUUCCGCUGCUCGCCGUCUACCUGUACAUCCCGCCGCCUCAGCUGUCACCUGCGCUGCAUAAGUGGCACAAUGGCGGCCGAGUGUUCGCGUUCAGAGGCAGCAACAUCUUCUACAGAGACUCUCAUGGCGCUUUAGGGAGCUCAGACGUCGUCGUCCUUCUCCACGGCUUCCCCACCUCCAGCUAUGACUGGAAUAAGAUUUGGGAGCCACUCACUCAACGCUUCAACCGCGUCAUCGCGUUGGACUUCCUGGGCUUCGGCUUCAGUGAUAAGCCAUCACGUUGUCAUUUUGCUCAGAGACCGCACAGGUACUCCAUCUUUGAGCAAGCCACUGUGGUGGAAGCCCUGGUGGCCCACUUAGGUCUGGCCAAUCAGCGCGUCAACCUGGUGUCACAUGACUAUGGCGACACGGUGGCGCUUGAGCUGCUCUACAGGAGCGACCAGAACCGCACGGGUCACCUGACCAUCAACAGCCUGUGUCUCUCCAACGGAGGCUUAUUUCCAGAAACCCACCACCCUCGCCUGCUGCAGAUGCUCCUCAAGGACUCCAGUUUCCUGGCUCCGGUCCUGAUGCGUCUCACCAACUACAUGGUCUUCCAGAAGGGGCUCGGCGAGGUGUUUGGGCCGUACACGCAACCCACCGACGCUGAAUUCUGGGACAUGUGGACAGGGCUGCGCUACAAUGAUGGCAACCUGGUUUUGGACAGUGUUCUGCAGUACAUCAACCAGAGGUUAAAGCACAGAGAGAGAUGGGUCGGCGCCCUCACGUCCACCGCCGUCCCGUUGCACAUGAUCUACGGCCCCCUGGAUCCCGUCAACCCUCAUCCCCACUUCAUCCGUCUUUACCAGCAGCUGGUGCAGCGGUCAACCAUCAGCGUUCUAGAUGAGCACAUCAGCCACUACCCUCAGCUGGAAGACCCCACUGGCUUCCUCAAUGCUUACUUUAAUUUCAUUCACUCAUUCUGAGCCCACCAUCAACAGUAAAGUUUUGUACAGAAAGGUUUUGUUGUAGUCUCAGUUUAUGGGUUAACAUUUAGAUAGAACAGCAUAGAAGAUUAAGUAGCAAGUCAAGAGGGGGUGUGUCUUCAGCCCACCGACGCCAGGAUAACAUCGACGACGGUCUCCUCGUUGCUGCGGACGGUCACCUGCAUCGUGACGCCAUCGGCCAGAGCAAGACGAGCGCGGACCAGCGUGUCGUGACCUCCUCGGAAAACACCUGAGAAAGGAGAAGAGCUGUAAGUUCAAGUUCUUCUACAGCAAACACAAACAGUGUUGGAUUGUGAAGAGAGAGAGAACCUACCAGCGAGGAAGAGGACGUGUGAGUUCUUGUUUUCCGGGACUUUAUCCGAGCGUUCACAUGGCUGCAUUCCCAGGAAGUUGACAAUGUUACUCACAGCCUCUGCAAGAAGACAAAAUGGAGUUGAUGAGCGCCAACUAAGCCAGAAGUCACAUGGACGGUGGAGACAAUCGUACCAUCCAAAGUCCGUACGGACGCCAAGGCAAACGUCUCCUCCUUCUCAAAGUCAUCUCCCACUUCUUCCCAGGCUGCUCCAAAGUUCGGCUUGAGAACCUUCUGGAUGUGGUCCGCCACCGUCACUUCCAGGUCUUCCAGCUGAGGAAGAGGACAAGACAAGAAUGAGAGGAAGCAAGAAUGAAAAACCAAGAUGGCGUGCGCGUCCACACUUACCACGUACUCGUCGUCAUAGCCGUCGUCGUCAGGCUCUCCUGUGUUUGGGUCACAGUCUCGGACCAGGUACUUCAGUGUGCAGCUGAAGGUGCACGACACUGUGGACAGCAGAGGGCCGUUAUUCCCAUGAAGUCUGUGAACAUCUGGUUUUCAUGCCGGACGUUCCUACCGGCUGUGGGGUCGUCGUCGGGCAAUCCCACCAGCGUGUAGCACGAUCCGGGUUGGCUGUACGGGAGACUGGCGGCCGGGAUGUACUGUAGCACCUCAUAGGACUCCGAUGGCUCCAUCUGCACCAGCACCUGGCACGCCAAGGAAUACGUUAGUGUCCCAUUCCGGGAAAGUUCAGUUACUGAGGAUGGUCUACAACCUUCUGCAGGAGCUGGUCGUUUAGGGUGUUGGUGCAGUCGAACUGGAACACCAUGUGCCUGGCGAAGGUGUGCUUGAUGCACCGCACCACAUAUUCCGUCUCGGCCUCGGUUAGCUGCACCGGCUCGGCCGACUUGAAGAGCGGACCCAGGCCCUUGAACUCCGGAAUGGACGCCAGUUGUUCUAUGGAGAUAAAAAGCGUUGAUGGCUGAACAAUAAAAAAAAGCUGAAGCUUUAAAACGAUCCCUGGAAAAUCAAGCGGCACCUUGAUAGAUGUCCUGGCGUGAGGGCGCCAACUUCUCCGGCAGCUUGCUGGUCGCCAUAGGAGCCAUUUCUGGAAAACAUUCCAUGUCAAACAUCUCCUGGGCGGUCGGCAUUGAACCACAUUAUGUCACCCUACCUGUUUUCUGUUCUGUGAUGGGCGCGGUGGCCAGAGGGACGGUCUUCAUGUCGAAGGGCUUCUCGGAAGGCUCCAAGGUGUACUGGUGCAACGCCUUCUCCAGGCCGGGGACGGACACGGACAUACCUGCACACAGCAGCGCUAGCGAUGAAGGCUUGGAGGAGGAAGACCGCGCCGCGGAGUUAAGCCCGUUGGCGGCGCUCACUGUUGAAGAUGUACGCGGCGUUCAGGGCCUUCUGUUUCUGCUGCAGCACAUUCAUGAAGAACGUCGCUCGGUCACGCACUUCGUCGUCGCUGUCCAUCAUGCACCUGCAACAAGCACAAUCGGAAUUCCCAACAUUCCCGUGCAAAACUAAGCGUCAAGAAGAGGAAUACCUCUGCAUCAGGACGAGAACGCUCGGCAGCAGGUCGUCAUUUUGGGCGCCAAACUUGGCUAAAGCGCUGACGGCGGCUGAGGAAGCAAAGAUGGAAGCCAUGUUUCAGUUGAAGGAGUGGAAUCGGCAGAGGAACCAGCCGAAGCACGCCCACCUGCUCGGACAGCCUCGCUCUCCAGGACCACGCGGUUGAAGAUGAAGCGGAUGUACUUGGAGGGUUGGGGGGUGCGGGGCCCCUCUUUGCCCAGCAGGUGCAGGAUCUUGGUGGCCAGCACCGUGUGCUCGCAGUCCUCGAUGAACUCGCACAGGUGGGCCAAGCCCGUCUCUUUGCUCUCCGG